AUGGGCCAAUGUGAUCAAGCCAUCGUGUGCUCCGCAAAUCUGAUUCUACUUUCGUUGUAUACACAGCAAUUUGGGAGCAAGGACGGUAAAUCUAAGUCAUUUGACGACAAUGCCGAUGGUUUCGUCAGAGUAGAACCCAUUAUAGCGAUGUUUCUUCAAAAGUCCAAAGAUUCGAAACGCAUUUACGCAACGGUGGUUCACGCGAAACGAAAUUCGGACGGAUUCAAGGAUGCAGGCAUCGUGUUUCAAUCGCGAGAACUGCAAAAACAACUGUUAAAGGAAUUUUACCAAUUUUACCAAGAAAGCCAAUGGGUUAAAGCAUCUGAUAACCCAUUCUUGGAAGGUACGAGAGCUGGUGAUCCUGAGGAAGUGAAUACCAUAAAAGAUACUUUGUUGAAGCAAAGAUCUUCGCCGUUCCUCGUAGGAUCUGUUAAAUCCAAUAUGGGUCACGCUGAAAGUGCUGCUUCUCUAUGUUCAGUGGCAAAGGUCGGAUAA